AUGGCAAUAGCACUUACACAAUGCUCAGAAAAGCUAGGCUACCUCAUAUUUCUAUUAGGCAAAAAUUUUGUUAUGUUUAUGGCAAUGGUGGUUGCAUGCAAUGGUGUACAUUUUCUUCUAAAGCCUUAUCAACAGCCUCGUAUUACUUCCGACAUAAUUGUGGGACUAUUAAUGGGAAAUGUGCCAUUUUUACGUGAUCUAUAUGGAAAAUUCAACCAUACAUUUGGAUUUAUCAUUGAUUUUGGCAUGAUGUGUUACAUGUUUGCUUUGGGGGUAGAAAUGGAUCCUUACGUACUCUUCAAGAAACCUACUAGAGAAGCUCAAGUUGCUUAUGCAGGAGUAAUCCUCACAUUCAUCCUAGCAGGUUCCGCAGCACCACUUCUCCAUUACUUCUCAAUGGAUAAUCAUAUACUAGAAUUCACUCUCUCCCUCUCAACUCUUCUUUCAAGCACGGCGUCACCCGUCCUAACCCGUCUCAUAACCAGUCUCAACAUAGGAAAGUCGGAUAUCGGGAAACUCAUCAUAGCAGCAGGAAUGUAUUCGGAUUUUAUAUGCUCUUUGCUUCUUUCAAUCGGCUACAUAUCAAUGCCGCUCGACACAUUAUGCACAAAUACUGAGCAAAAUGGACGUGUCAAAAAGGCGAUCAUAAUGAAUUGCGCUGUUCUUGGACAGGCAUUGUUCACAGCAACAGUUUCGCCGGUUUUUAUGAAAUGGGUUGACAAUGAAAAUCCUGAAGGGAAACCUAUGAAAGGCUCACACUUGGUGUUGUCAAUUGCAUUCAUGGUGAUGAGCUGCGCUUCAUCGAUACUAUAUAACUAUAGUCCAGUUCUAAGUGCAUUUAUAACAGGAAUAUGUUUUCCUAGGGAAGGAAGAGUUUCGAAAUGGGUUAUUAGCAAAAUCAAUUAUUUGUUGACAACUAUGUUUUUUCCCAUUUUUUUCUUGUGGAUGGGUAAUGCAGCUGAUUUUAGGCUGUUUCAGCUAAGAGAAUUAUGGACAUGGCCAAAAAUAUUUGGCCCUAUUGUAAUAGUAAUGGCAGGUAAAGUUGUUGGAACAGUUGUUUCUGGUGUAAUACUUGGAUUUCAUUGGCCUGAAUCUGUUGCUAUUGGAUUGUUGCUCACCACAAAGGGACAUUUUCAUAUCUACAUGGCUAUCAAAGUGAUGGGUUGUGGCUCCGAUACUUCGUCGGGUAUUGCAUUGGUGAUUGCAAUAUUUUUCUCAGUGGUGCACGUCCCGGCAGUCGUAGCACAUAUCAUCAAACGCGCCAAGAGAAAAUUGCCUAUGCAUCGGAUGUCGCUCCAAUUGCUGGAUCCAUCAAGUGAGCUAAGAAUUCUGCUAUGCCUUCAUGGACCUGACAACAUUUCUGCUUCCAUCAACUUCAUGGAGAUCUCAAGAGGGAAAUCAGACCCUGGCAUUCUGGUAUAUGUCACAGAAAUGAUUGAACUAACUGAUCAAAUAGCAGUCACAGUAGAAAGAGGAGAAGGAGUAGAAACAACAAAUGUGAAAGAUAAGGAUAUCGUGCAGAUGAGAGACCAAAUAACUAGCUCGUUUCAAGCUUAUAUAAACGACAAUGGUAAUGGCGUUACGCUCAAAAGAACGAUGGCGGUGUCGACGAUCAAUAACAUGGCACAGGAUAUCUGCACUUUGGCAGAGGAUUUGAUGAUUGCUCUUAUCAUACUUCCAUUCCACAGGACCCAAACUAUUGAUGGAAAAUUGGAUGGUGGAAAUCAAGGAUUCAGAUAUGUGAACAGAAAGUUAUUGAAGAGUGCUCCUUGUUCCGUGGGGAUUCUAGUGAACAGAGGCUUGGGAUCCUUUGAAACAAUAUCAAAGACUCAAGCAGCAGUCAAUGUGGCAACAGUGUUCAUUGGUGGAAAAGAUGAUAGAGAAGCACUUGCAUACGCCGGCCGCGUAGCAGGGCAUCCAGGAGUAAAACUCACAGUUAUAAGAUUCUUAGUAGAUACCACUGUAGAAUCUUCAAGAAUGGCAGCAUACAGGGUAACUCUCUCGGAGAAAGUUCAAGAGAUGAGCCUAGACGAUGAAUGUUUUGCGCAGUUUUACGAUAAACAUAUUUCCAGUGGUCAAAUUUCAUAUAUAGAGAAACAUCUUGCUAAUGCGGCCGAGACUUUUUCUACUCUCAGAUCAUUUGAAGGACAAUACUCACUAGUUAUUGUAGGAAGAGAAGGCGGCCUGAACUCGAUAUUGACGAAGGGGAUGAAUGAUUGGCAACAGUGUCCAGAACUGGGACCGAUAGGUGAUGUCCUUUCAGGACCCGACUUCUCUACAACAGUGUCUGUGUUGGUAAUCCAACAACACAAACAUAAAGGAGAAAUAGAUGGCCUUGAUGAGGAAUUUAACAUCAUGUAG